AUGGAACAAGAUCCAGGAUUCAUCGCCGCUGUCGAGGAGGCCAAGCAAGGUCUGGCCGAGGGAGGCGUCCCAAUCGGCGCCGCUCUAGUAUCCAAAGACGGCAAGAUCCUAGGCCGAGGCCACAACAUGCGCGUGCAGAAGGGGAGCGCUGUCUUGCAUGCUGAGAUGUCGGCGCUUGAAAACUCCGGCCGGCUUCCUGCUUCCGCUUAUGAGGGUGCCACUAUGUAUACCACUCUCUCGCCUUGUGAUAUGUGUACUGGCGCCUGCAUCCUCUACAAGGUGAAGCGUGUGGUUGUUGGUGAGAACGUGAGCUUUAUGGGUGGUGAAGAGCUGCUCAAGAACCGUGGGAAGGAGGUUGUUGUCCUUGAUAGUGCUGAGUGCAAGGAAUUGAUGGCCAAUUUUAUGAAGGAAAAGCCGGAGCUAUGGAAUGAGGAUAUCGCUGUCUAG